CUUUUUCUCUUUCUCUCUUCUUUCUCUUUCUCUCAGUAUAUAUAGCCAAAAGCUUUGUAGUUCAAGUCUACCACAAACAACUCCGAGAGAGAGAGAAAAUAUCAAACUUAUUUUCUCUUGUCGUCCUCUCCUCUUUUGUCUUCUGAAUAUUCUGGGUAAUAUUUUUUUGGUUCUCGGUUUCUCCGACUCUUUCCACUCGAACCUAGCUUAAGAGAAGUAAUUAGUAAAAACUCAACAUGUAUUUUUUAGAGAAAAUCAAAGAGGGAGAAAACAUGAGUAGAGGUGGAGAAAUGGAAGAGAGACUGCUAAAUGGGUCAGAGACAGAACAAAGGAGAGAGAGUCUCUACCUGAGAAAAAAGAUUUGGAGUGAAGUAAGGAAGAUGUGGAGAAUAGCUUUACCAUCAACUUUGUUUAGAGUGAUGUCGUUUGGAUGCGUAGUGGUGGCUCAAGCCUUCAUUGGCCACUCAAGUGAAACGGGUCUCGCUGCUUAUGCUCUCCUUCAAAGUACUUUCAUUCGCUUCAUCUACGGUAUUAUGGCAGGUAUGUCAAGUGCGACAGAGACGUUAUGUGGACAAGCAUACGGAGCACAACAAUACCCCAUGAUGGGGAUAUACUUACAACGUUCUUGGAUAGUAGAUACCUUUAUAGCCACUCUCUUCGUCCCUUUCAUCGUCUUCGCGGGUCCCAUUCUUCGGUUAUUAGGCCAAAACGUUGUGAUUUCCGAGACAGUAGACGAGAUUUACCCAUGGGUCAUCCCUUAUCUCUACAGCCUCGUGUUCACUAUGACAAUGCAAAUGUACCUCCAAGCGCAGAUGAGAAACGCCAUCAUUGGCAUUCUCUCGACCCUAGCCUUGGUAUUGGACAUUGCGGCCACGUGGUGGUGCGUGAGCGUGAUGGGGAUGGGGAUCCAUGGUGCGCUUCUAGGGCUUAAUAUAAGCUCAUGGUCAGUGGUGAUAGCCGAGUUUGUAUAUGUGUUUGGAGGGUGGUGCCCGCAUACUUGGACCGGCUUUAGCACUGCUGCUUUUGUUGAUCUUAUUCCCAUGCUCAAGUUAUCCAUUUCAUCCGGCUUCAUGCUCUGCUUAGAGUACUGGUAUAUGAGCAUCAUCGUCUUGAUGUCUGGAUAUGCAAAGGAUGCGAAUAUCGCAAUUUCCGCUUUCUCCAUAUGCCAAUAUAUCUACUCAUGGGAGAUGAACAUAUGCUUUGGCUUGUUGGGUGCAGCAUGUGUACGGGUGGCGAAUGAAUUGGGAAAAGGCGAUGCGGAUGCUGUGAGAUUCUCGAUAAAAGUGGUGCUUGUGGUCUCAGCGGUGAUCGGUGUGAUAUGUUCCGCUCUUUGCCUAGCGUUUGGCGGUCAGAUUUCGUAUUUGUUCUCCGAUAGCCCUGCAGUUUCGGAUGCAGUCUCUGAUCUCUCCCUCGUCCUUAGCAUAUCUAUACUCUUCAACAUCAUCCAGCCCAUUCUCUCUGGGGUAGCAAUUGGAGCAGGGAUGCAGAGUAUGGUAGCAUUUGUGAACUUAGCAUCAUAUUAUGCAAUUGGUGUUCCUUUGGGUGUCCUCCUUAUAUACGUUUUCAAUUUUGGUAUUAAGGGACUCUGGUCUGGAAUGUUGGCUGGAGUUGGUGUACAAACGUUGAUAUUGUCUUAUGUUAUUUACAAAACUGACUGGGAAUUGGAGGUUAAGAAGACAAACGAGCGCAUGAAAACGUGGACUCUAAAUUUAAAGAGAUGAAGAGAGGAAGUGAAUGCACAAAGAAAUCAAUUUAAAGAAAUAUUUUAAGAAAAUUUUAAAAUAUUCUUUCCUUUUUUUUUUUUUUUUUGAAAAAUGAAUAAUUUAUGGGUGUUAUAUUGUGGUUUUUGAACUAUCAGUGUUGAGAUUGCAUUAUUAGGUUAAUGCAACUCUGAUAACUUUGAAAAAAGGUUAAGAAGGAUGAACUUUUUCUUUUAGUCGGAGAAAAAAGCCGUUUUACAGAAAAGGUUGUUAUUAGGAUUUAAAACAAAAAAAAAAUAUUAUGGGAGGUUUGUAAUUUUAAUUUUUUCUUGACUUUUUAUUGGAUGUAUAUUUUGUUUGUGGGCAAAAAAAUUCGAAUCGUUUUGAGUGCUUGUAA